AUGCGCUCCUCGACCUUCCUCAGCGCCUCGCUGCUCUCGCUCGUCCUCCCGUUCGUCGCGGCGGAGGGACACGGCGGUAGCGCCCGUCGCCACCGCGAUAUCGCGCAUCGCCCGCGCGGGGACCUCGCGAAGCGGUUCUCCAACGCUCGGUUCACGUUCUACGACGUCGGCCUCGGUGCCUGUGGGAUCACCAAUGUGCCUUCUGACUUCGGGGCGCCGUCGCUCAUUGUGUUUUCCCGUCGCCAGAUCGUCGCGCUGAACAGCAUCCAAUAUGGCGGCGGUUACCCUGGCCCCGAGUGCUUCAAGAUGAUCACCAUCAGCGUCAACGGCAAGUCAGCCCAGGCUCAGAUCACCGACGAGUGCCCUGGAUGCCCGUACGGCGGCCUCGACUUCUCCCGUGGCCUGUUCGACUACUUUGCGGACGAGUCCGUCGGCGUGCUCACUGGCACCUGGAACUUCAACGACGGCUCUGGCGGCGGCACCGUCUCCUCCAGCACCGCCGAUCCGGAGCCCACCACCACCAAGAAGGUGCACACCACCACCACCACCCCCGAGCCCGAGCCCACCACGAGCUCGCCCCCUCCCCCGGAGACGACGACGUCCAAGUCCAAGACCCCGACCCCGACGCCCACCCCGACCCCGACGCCCACUCCGACGCCCACGCCCACGCCCACCCCGACGUCCACCUCGCAGGUCCCGUCCACGACGAGCACCACGCCGUCGACGACGAAGGUGAAGACGACCUCGAGCGCGAAGCCGAGCACGUCGUCCACCCCGUCCGCCGUGCCAACGACUGCGCUCGACCUGUCCUCGGGCGUCGCGAGCGGGCUCGCGGUCGCGACCGGGACGAUCUCCAGCACGUCGGGCGACCCCGAGAGCCUCGACGUCGCGAACCAGGCGCUCAUUGGCCUCAGCGGCAUCAUCGCCGGCGGCGCCGCGUUGUAG